AUAAUGUAGAUCUAUAUGGGAAAAUCAAUGCGAGAUUCUGACCAAGAUGUUAAUUUAGUUCCAUAUGGCCGUCAAGGGAGACAAUUAUUACGAAAUAUGUCGAGAAAUCAAGCGAAAGGACUUAUAUCAACUAUUUUGAGCCAUCUUAAAAGGAAGAAACUUAAAAAGGAGCAAAUAAAGCAAGAAAUUGUUGGAACUGAUUUUCAUGGCAACAGAUAUAUUUUAAAGCAUGCAGACAAGGAAUUAAAUAUAAAAGAGUCUCGUUUUGUUCUCCCAUCAGAAGAAAAUGCAAUGAUGUAUAAAGAAAAGCUUGGCAUGGGAGUGCCACCUGAGUGGAAUGCUUGGCUGCGAUUUAGUCGAGUUAACCCUCCAACUGAAGAGGAGCUGGAGAGGAAUAGAAUAAAAAAGUUGCAAAUACAGCAGAGGGUGAAAGAACUAGCAGAAAAAGAGAGAAUGGAGAAUCAGAUAGAGGGUGAUACAAAAAGUACAGAAAUAACAGAAACAAUAUCUGGUGAUACAACUAAAGUUCCUUACCCAACAUAUGAUGAUUUACACCUAACACCUGGUCAAAUGCCAAAACCACCGAAAGAUUGACAUUCUAUCAACUAUUGACAUUUUAGAUUAAGUUAUUAUAUAUAUAGUUCUGAUGAUAUUUUGAGUUUUUGUUAAUACACAAUUAUUAAAUCAUACAAAAAAAGGUGAAA